AUGGGCAGUGGAGAAGCACAUAUUCCAGAGACCCAUCUUCAGCAGGGAGAAAACCCAGUCACUGGAUUCAGAGUUGUUGAAAUAAAAAACCAUUCAGCCAUUACAGAGUUUAUCCUGCUGGGUCUCACUGAUUCCCCUGGACUACAGGCACUUCUCUUCUGGGUGUUUGCAUUUAUAUAUGCUGCAGCUAUAGCUGCCAACUUCCUCCUCAUGCUUACUAUAUACACUUUCAAGAAACUCCACACACCCAUGUACUUCCUCAUAUUCAAUUUGUCUGUAGUGAAUAUAUUGUCUAUCUCAGUUACAACUCCCAGGUUACUCAAAAGCCUUUUGACCCAUACAAAAACAGUUUUAUUUUAUGGCUGCAUCGCACAAGUAUAUUUCUUUAUAUGGACAUUGGGGACAGAGUUGUUGCUUCUCUCAUGUAUGGCUUUUGAUCGCUAUGCUGCCAUCUGCCACCCUUUGCAUUAUACUGUUAUCAUGAGGAAAGAAGUAUGUGUUGGCAUAGUAACUUUUGUAUGGAUUACUGAAAUGCUAAACACUUCAGUACAAGUUAUACUUAUGCUGCAGCUUUCUUUUUGUGAUUCCAGUGUCAUUAACCAUUUCUUCUGUGAUAUACCUCCAAUAUUAGAUCUUGCAUGUUCAGACACCAGUAUAAUUCAUAUUAGCGCAAUCAUCUCAGAUGUUUUCUUUGGGAUUGUUACUUGUGGGUUGACUCUAACAUCCUAUUUUUUUAUACUGAGGACUAUUUUUAGGAUCCGUUCCACUGAAGGGAAGAAGAAAGCAUUCUCCACCUGUUCCUCACAUCUCUUUGUAGUCAGUUUUUACUUUUCUUCAGUCAUCUACACUUACAUCAUUUUUUCUUCUGUAGAGAAGGACAAGUUCAUUGCUCUCCUUUAUACAGUGGUAACUCCAGUUAUUAAUCCACUCAUAUAUUCUUUGAGAAACAAAGAAGUUAAAGAAGCACUGAAAAUGCUCACUGGAAAUUUCAAAUUGCUUCCAAGACCUUAA